GAUCUAUUAGUAUCUGUAAGGUGUUCGUAGAGAAAACACGAUGAGUUUUGCGAAUAAAGUUGUUCUCGUGACGGGUGCCAGCUCUGGAAUAGGGGCUGCGGUUGCGAUAGCGUUUAGUGCUGCGGGCGCCAAAGUGGCUAUAGUAGGACGAAAUGAAAGCAAAUUAUCUGCCGUAGCUGCAAAAUGCACCAACCCAUUAGUAAUCCGUGCGGAUAUAACAAAAGACAAAGACGCUCUAGCUGUGAUAGAUAAAACCAUAAAGAAGUUUGGCCAGCUCGACAUCCUGAUAAAUAACGCCGGACUAACAGUAGCUGGGAGCAUCCUCCAAGGCGAUAUGAUGAAGGCUUACGACAAUAUAAUGGACAUUAACGUCCGGGCAGUAGUGCAGCUGACAACAUUAGCAGCGCCUCAUUUACUGAAGACUAAGGGCAAUAUCGUGAAUAUAUCGAGUAUUUCUGGACUUCUAACUCCAGCAUACCCUGCAGCUAUAAAUUAUAAUGUCUCGAAAGCUGCUGUAACUCAUUUCAGUAAAUGCGCUGCUGUGGAGUUUGCUCCACACGGCGUAAGAGUGAAUACCGUGAGCCCCGGACCAGUCAAGACUGAUUUCUUGGAAAACGCUAACUCUCAAAACACUUGGGACGACUAUAAGACGAUGACUUGCCUUAAUAGAGUAUCGGAACCUGAUGAGAUAUCCGAUUUAGUUCUCUUCUUAGCAAGUGAUAAGGCAAAGGGCAUAACGGGAUCUAAUUACGUUUCGGAUAACGGUGCUUGUAUUAAACGGGCCUAGAAGAUAAUAAUUAUUCAUGUAAACAAAUACGAAAUACGAAUAUUAUUGUGUAGGUCUACAUUUCUUGAAAGAAAAGUAAUUGUUUCAUAUAUUCAAAAGUUUAAUAAAUAUUUACCACUGUUU